AUGUCGGUUCUACGCCAAACACCCUCGAGUACGCGAUCUGUACCCCGCCUCCUUCCCUUGACGUUGAUGAACCCCUCGAUGGUGGCCAAGCACACACCUUGCACGAUGCAUCUAUCCAUAUUGCCACCAGAACUUGCAUGCAAAUUAUUCUACACGAUGCUUGAUCUGUCGCAAUCUUGGAAAAGGAACAAAUGGUGGCUUUUUGAUCGUGUGGUCGAGAGCCCUCACCGCACAUCGUUCUAUGCUCGAAAGACAGAUGGUGUGGAGUCUGAUAACUCGUGGCAAGAGGCUGCACAAUAUUGGUAUAACGGUCGACAAACAGACCCACCUAAUGUCUUUCCUGAUGUGAUGGAAGAAGCCUGCUUGUAUGUAGAAAAUAUGGUCAACAAAGAGAUGCAGAUGCGACCUCGCCUCCCGCUUGAAUGGGCAGGCAGAGGCUCCGAAGGUCAAUCCUGGCGUGCCAAUGUAGCAGCAUCAAAUUGCUACGAAGGUACAAAGGACAGCGUUGGAUUUCACUCAGACCACCUAACAUAUCUAGGGCCUUACCCAACUAUUGCCUCACUGAGUCUCGGGACGACAAGAAUCUUUCGCCUCCGGGAGGUCGUGCCAAGUGAAGAGAUGCACUCACGGAGGGCACAGACAUUUAACAUUCCUUUACCUCACAACUCUUUGAUCAUUAUGCAUGCUAGCACCCAGGAAAAGUUCAAGCAUUCAAUUCCUCCUCAAUCUACACUUGACCUCUAUCGGCCUCUCUUUCCUCACCCUUCUCGCCUGAAACAUCCAUUAGAACCGUCAAAUUGUCGUAUCAAUAUAACCUUCCGGUUCUAUCGACCAGAUUUCAGGCCGCAAAGCAUCCCGCGUUGCAAUUGCGGUGUACCAACAAUUUUGCGUCCAGAUAUGAAAAAUAGACAUGACGGUCAGACGGACAAAUACUGGUGGACAUGCCACGCUGGUGCACAGCACGAAGGAAAAGGGUGCUCGUUCUGGCAGGUCAUGGACAUGAAGGCUGAGGGCCGAGGGCCGACCAUUUCUGGUGUGGGGUGCAAUGAACGGUGA